AUUUUUUUUUUCUCAGAGUAAUUGGAGAAGAAAGCAGAACAAUUCUCUCUAAAAUAAAUAAAAGAGUCAAAUUCAGUUCUCCAGUGUCUUCAAUUCUCUCUUCCAAUAAAAUUAAUUUGAAUAUUUUGGAGUUUUUUUUUGUGAAAAAUUUUAUUUUUUUUUCACUUUCCCCAUUUUUUGUGUGAAAAAAAAUCACUCAGAUCUUCAUAAAUUUGUUGUAUAUACCAUAAUUAUCUCGAAAAAUCUUAGAUUUAAUAGGUUAUUAUACAUUUAUUCAGGUUUGAUUUGAUUAUUUCCUUGUUACGUGACUCGAAUUGUACACAUUUUAGGAAUUAGGGUUUGCAAUUGGUGUAAAAUUUGGAAUCUUUGUUGGUAAUUUUGGGAAUUUGAGCUGGUGAUUCAUGGCGGUUCCGACGAUAGCACUUUACGCAAGUCCACCGAGUAGUGUGUGUUCCACGCCGUAUCAAUGUCACUCACACGCUUCGUAUGAUUUCGAUUUGAACGGUAGAUCAACGUCGUCUUCCUCGUCGACAACCUCGUCGUCUCAGAAAUCGAUUGUUGGUGGGUUAUCGUCUCUGUUCUCUUCGCCGACCGUGAAGGCGAAUUAUUCAACUGGUACUGAGGAUUUGGGAUUGGGAUCUUUGUGGCAUGAUAGAGGUGAUGAAUUGAGCAGCUCGUUCCGCGGCUCGUCGUUGAAAAGGGAUCAUCAGAGUCCAGUUUCAGUGUUUCAAGGACCUGUUUCAUGUAGUACUAGUAGUAGUGGAAUUGGAUCAUAUUCAAGGAGUCCUCCGAAGAGAAUUGGUGGGGAUGUUUGUUCAAUUCGCUCUGGGAGUGGUGGAUUGUUCAAUGGUUUUGUUAGGCACGCUUUGGGAUCCUGCGUUGAUCAUGAUCCGGCGACUUUUCAGGUGCUGGACGUUGAUUCUGGUUCAUCGGGGCUAUUGGAUGAGCUUACGUUUAACAUGGAGGAAGGGUUCUUGGAAUCGAACUCUGAACCUUAUGCUAAAAAUUUGCUGUUGGGUGCACAAGCGAGGCAUAAAAUCUUUUAUGAUGAUUUUGUGGUGAAGGCAUUUUAUGAGGCUGAGAAAGCACAUAGAGGACAGGUGCGAGCAACUGGCGAUCCUUAUCUACAGCAUUGUGUUGAGACUGCAGUUUUACUAGCAACGAUUGGUGCUAACUCAACGGUUGUUGCAGCUGGACUUCUGCACGAUACACUUGAUGACACGUUCAUCACUUAUGACUAUAUUUUCCGGACGCUAGGUGCUGGUGUCGCUGAUUUGGUUGAGGGGGUGUCGAAGCUUAGUCAAUUGAGCAAGCUUGCGCGGGACUUCAAUACAGCUAGUAAAACUGUUGAGGCAGAUCGAUUACACACCAUGUUCCUUGCUAUGACCGAUGCCAGGGCUGUUCUUGUAAAGCUAGCUGAUCGCUUGCAUAAUAUGAUCACUUUGGAUGCAUUACCACCGAUGAAACAGCAAAGAUUUGCGAAAGAAACUUUGGAAAUCUUUGCUCCUCUUGCUAAUCGCCUUGGCAUCUCAACCUGGAAGGAGCAGCUGGAAAAUCAAUGCUUUAAACAUCUUAACCCGGAUCAGCACAAUGAGCUUUCUUCAAAACUCAUGGAUUCUUUUGAUGAGGCUAUGAUUACCUCUGCCGUCGGGAAAUUGGAGCAAGCCUUAAAGGAUAAAUCUCUUUCUUAUCAUGUGCUUUCAGGGCGUCACAAGAGCUUGUACAGCAUUUACUGCAAGAUGCUGAAGAAGAAGCUUAAUAUGGAUGAAGUCCACGACAUUCAUGGGUUAAGGUUGAUUGUUGAAACUGAGGAAGACUGCUAUAAAGCACUUCAAGUUGUUCACCAGCUAUGGUGCGAGGUACCUGGGAGAUCCAAGGACUACAUAGCAAAACCCAAAUGCAAUGGGUACCAAUCUCUUCACACAGUUGUUCUCGGGGAAGGCAUGGUGCCUCUUGAAGUUCAGAUCCGAACAAAAGAGAUGCACUUGCAAGCUGAAUAUGGCUUUGCUGCUCAUUGGAGAUACAAAGAAGAUGACUGCAAACACUCCUCUUUUGUUCUUCAGAUGGUGGAGUGGGCGCGUUGGGUUGUCACCUGGCAGUGUGAGACAAUGAGCAGAGACCAGUCAUCUGUUGGCCACACUGAAUCCAUUCAGCCACCUUGCAAAUUCCCUGCUCAUUCUGAAGAUUGUCCGUUUUCUUGCAAGCCUGAUUGUGGAACUGAUGGGCCUGUUUUUAUUAUUAUGAUCGAGAACGAUAAGAUGUCUGUACAAGAAUUCGCAGCAAACUCCACCGUCAAGGAUCUGUUGGAGAGAGCUGGCCGUGGCAGCUCAAGAUGGACGCCUUAUGGAUUUCCACUGAAGGAAGAGCUAAGGCCAAGGUUGAACCAUGAACCAGUUAGUGACCCCAACUGCAAGCUAAGAAUGGGAGAUGUUAUAGAACUAACUCCAGCUAUACGACAUAAGUCCUUGACUGAGUACAGGGAGGAGAUCCAGCGAAUGUAUGAUCGUGGUGUAAGCCCACUUCCUGCUGCUGCUGCCGCCAAUACUGUAGUUGGGCUAAGGAGUUGACAGUUUUAUGAUUUGCACUUUGUACAUAAUUACAGACGAUAAGCAUUUGUACAGAACAGUCCUGGUUCUGUUUAUAUAAUUGAUUAGCUAACUAAUUUAUUACAGCUCUUGAUUUUUUUGCA